UUGUCAGUAUGCAAACUGGGACAUAUAUUCCAUAAAACUUGAAACACCGUUAAACGAGUUAAGACUGUGGUCAUAAGUAUGCAGUAGCUUGAAUUUGUAUACAAACAAAAAAAUGUGAUUAAAAGAGCACUGAUUAAGAAAAUCGUACCGACCACUCUUCCGAGCGAACUGACCAUUAAAUAAUCUAAGGAACAUUGUUCCUCGCUACACUGGUUAUACAUCGAGUACACCAAAAAUAAAAUGGCGUCGUCUGAUGUAGCUGUUUAUCUAAAAGCAGAACAAAAAGAGUUUAUGAUGCUUUAUGUCAAAGACUUUGGAGUAAUAAAUGAUGGCAAGUGUACCUUUAAGGGAUACAACAAAUCAGCAAAUAAAGCACAGACAAGGAAAUGGAACAAGGUUCAGUAAACAGACUUCUUUUGAGUCCGUGAAAUAUGUACUUUCUACACAUUGCUGUGAAAAUGAAUGCUGCAGACAAUUCACAUGUGAUGAAAUUAAAUCAUGUAGGAUUAAUUACUGGACAAAAACCAUGCAACAGCAGAGACGAUACCUGUUUUCAUCUCUUAGAGCAGCUGGCAGUCAUAAGUUAUUAGUCCUUGGAAGGGAAGUUUGUGAGACUGGUUGGAAAGCCAUGUAUGGAAUUGGUAAAAGGAGAUUAUGGGAGAUCAAGAAACUCUUAGCCAAAAAGUCAGAUGUUCCAUAUGGGGAUUUGCCCCGCCUAAAGAAACCAUCAGUAGAAUAUCUUCAAGCAAAAACAUGGCUAGAAAUCUAUGCCAGGCAGUUUUCUGAGAGGCAACCUGAUAAAGAAGAAUACAGGCUCCCUUCUUGCAUCACCAAACAGGCUGUUUAUGACCUAUACAAAGAAGAAAUGAUUAAAGCCAAACAGAAAGUCCUAGGCAGAUCAUCAUUUCAUGAAAUGUGGCAAAAAGCAUUACCUACUGUAAAAAUUUCUAAGGGAAAAGGUGCACAAGCCAGAUGUACACCAUGCAUUAAUAUGGAAACUGUCCUUAUGAACAUGAAACUGCCAAAAGAUAUCAGGAAGGAAAUAGAAGAGAAAAGGCGACUACAUCUGAAUCUUCAGUCUAUUUGUCGUUCAAAGUACUACAAACACAUAAAGAAGGCAUGUGAAUCCCCUGACAAAUAUGUGAGUCUGAUUAUUGACAAUAUGGAUCAAGCAAAAACAAGACUGCCAACAUUUUCUUCAAAUUCAAAGGUUGAGGCACAUUUGCACAAAGUUCAACACCAUGUUACAGGUGUGAAGGCACAUCAUCUUGGAAAAACAUUUAUUUUAACAUGGACAGAUCAGUUCCACCCAGAUUGCAAUAUAACAAUCAAUGCCUUGAUCUACACACUUCAUGAAAUUAGUCUGAUUUGUGAUUCAGAUUCUUGA